AUGUCAAUUAAAGCAAGAACCCCUCCAUCAAAACUGUACUCCAUUCAAUCAUGUAUUGGUAGAGGUAACUUCGGUGAUGUUUAUAAAGCAAUGGAUAGAACCACUCAGGAAAUUGUGGCAAUCAAAGUAGUUAACCUAGAGCAUUCUGAUGAAGACAUCGAACUGUUGGCACAAGAAAUAUUUUUCCUUGCGGAGUUAAAAUCUCCACUUAUUACCAACUAUAUUACUACAAUGUUGGAGGAUGUCUCUAUGUGGAUUGUUAUGGAAUAUUGUGGUGGUGGAUCAUGUUCAGAUUUGUUGAAGCGAAAUUAUGUCAAUGGAUUACCAGAAGAAAAAGUUUCGUUCAUUAUUCAUCAAGUCACUUUGGGUUUGAAAUAUCUACAUGAACAAAGGAAAAUUCAUCGCGAUAUUAAAGCGGCUAAUAUCUUACUAAACGAAGAAGGUAUGGUUAAGUUGGGAGAUUUUGGAGUAAGUGGCCACAUCCGUUCCACCAUGAAAAGGGAUACCUUUGUUGGAACACCUUACUGGAUGGCUCCAGAAGUUGUUUGUUGCGAAGUUGAUGGGUAUAAUGAAAAGGCUGACAUAUGGUCCCUAGGAAUUACCACCUAUGAACUACUUAAAGGUUUGCCGCCAUUAUCUAAAUACGAUCCGAUGAAAGUUAUGACUAACCUACCAAAGAGGAAACCUCCAAAACUUCAAGGUUCUUUCUCGGAUGCAGCAAAGGAGUUUGUUGCUGGAUGUCUUGUUAAAGCUCCCGCUGAUAGGCCAUCUGCAUAUGACUUGUUAUCGUUUGAAUUUAUUAGAAACGUUACCAUAACGAAUUUGAAAAGUGAUGUUGAAUUGAUUAAACAAAAGAAGGUUCAAGAGAGAUAUACAAAAAUUCCGAAAUACCCUCUUCAGAAUCGUCUAUAUAAAAAUAGUAACACCUUGAGGGGGAAAGACUUUUGGAAUUUUGAAUCCACCAGGAUAACUGCCAUACAAACUUCUAAGAGUGAACUAUCCCCCAUUACACAGGAUUCUCCAGUUUCAUCCCUGAAUAUGGAGAGCCCUUACUUACAUGGGCAAACUGUGACACCCAUCACAAACCCAAACUCUUCGUCAUUUAGAAAAUGCAAUAAACCUGUCUUUGAGCUGGAUUCAGGAAUGGAUAUAGAUUCAGGUUGUCCACAUUUACAAACAGAAAUCGAAAUGAUAACGCCUUCUAAUCAUAACAAAAAGCAUAAGAAAAACGAUAUUCAAGCGUUAAAGAUAGAAAAGUUUGAUUAUUUGGAGAAUAUUGUGUCUCAUAUUCUCAAUAGAAUGUACGAUCGUGCGCGUGAUGAUGAAACAAGAAAAUACGUAGACGAAAUGCUAAAGCAAUUCAUCAAAACAGAAGCAAACGUUCCCGGUUUUAAUGAGGUGUUUAUUGAAGAAAUAUCACUCAGGAUUGAAGCAAUAAGGAAAGGUUUCGUUUAA